AUGGGCGCAAGGGCUUCCAGCGCGACUUCCGGCACGACCUCCAGCCUGAGGGCGGUUGGCGUGCAGACGGACAUCCUCCAGGCAUUGGACCAGGUCCCCCUGGAGCGGCCCCUGUCGGGGGUCGGCGAGCGCAUCAUCGCGGGGUUCCUGCUGAGCGCCGCGGCCGAUGCGAUUGGCUUCCGGAAUGGCCAUUUCGAGUUUAACCCCUCCAGCGAGCGGAUUCUGGCCGAGGUGGCGGCCAUGGGCGGGCCGUUGGGCAUCUCGCUCGAUCCGCGGAGCUGGCUGAUCAGCGACGACACGGUCAUGCAAAUGGCCACCGGGUCGGCCCUGCUGGCGGCCCUGCACCCGGGCCCCUCGGAGUCCGGGCUGCUGACGGACCGGGGCGACUGGCGCGCGGCCCUGGCGUCCAUCAUGCCGACCAUGGCCCAGGCGUAUGUCGAGUGCCUGGCGGACACCUCCGACCGGGCCUUCGGCUUGCAGACGAUCCACGCGCUGAAGGGCCUGAGCCAGCGCCUGGCCGCCGGCGAGGCCGGGCCCAUGGGCUUGGCGGCGGAGCCGAGCCCGCGUGCGGGUGGCUGCGGGGCGGCCAUGCGCUCCGCGUGCAUUGGCGUCCUCUUCCCCUUUGCGCGGUAUCCCCGGACGCUGGUGGCCCUGGCGGUGGAGUCCGGCCGGUUGACGCACAACCACCCGGUUGGCUUCCUGGGGUCGGUGGCGUCGGCGCUCUUCACCUCGCUGGCCUUGGAUGAUGCGGUGCCGGUGACCGACUGGGCGCUGGUCCUGCUGGAGGAGGCGCUGCCGCUGGCGCGCGAGCACCUGUCGGACUUGCGUUCCGCCGGGGACCUGGCCCCGGAGGAGCAUGACUUCCUGGCGGACUUCGCCUACUUCGAGACGCACCUCCGGGAGUAUGUGGCCCGGCGGGGGCUGUCCCGCGACCGGCCCGGGGCCGUUACCUUCCCGGAGGACUUUGCCGAGCCGGCCGCGCGCGACCGGCACUUCAAGGCCAUCAGCUUCUCGGGCUUCGCCGGCGGGUCGGGCCACGACGCGGUUUUGAUUGCCCUCGAUGCGUUGCUCUAUUCCGGCGGCCAGUGGGCCACCUUCCUGGAGGUGGGAUCGCUGCAUGGCGGCGACAGCGACUCGACCGGUGCCAUCGGGGGCUUCUGGUUCGGGGCCCGGUAUGGCGCGGCCCAGGUCCCGGCCGGGCACAUUGGGCCCGCGCAUCUGGAAUACCACGAGCCGCUGACCCGGCUGGCGGCCGGGGUGGCCGCGUGUGUCGAGAUCCCGGAGGUAUGA